AAAGUAGUGAGUUUAUCCGGUUGUGCAGCAGAAGGAGAAGUGUGGUCGCGGAUGUUCAACGACCUCACCGCAGAGAUGAGUGGACUACCUUGGUCACGGUGCGAGGACAUCAGAUAAGGAAGAAGCGAACUCGGCUUGAGAAACACCAACAUUGCUCCGGCAUAUUUAUCGUUUAAGAACUUAUUUGAAAUGUUUUUAUUGAGUAAAGCGAUCGACUCGUAGCCAAAGAAAACCCCUCCGCCUUCUUCAGUGAUCGAGAUGCGUUUCAACGAGAAGGAGCUGGUAUGUUUGAGCCGCCAACCCUCAGAGAUGGCAGCAGAGCUAGGAAUGCGAGGUCCCAAGAAAGGAGACGUUGUCAAGAGGAGGCUGGUGAAACUGGUAGUCAACUUUCUGUUUUACUUCCGGACUGAUGAAGAGGAGCCAGUCGGGGCUCUGCUGUUGGAGCAGUGUCGUGUAGAGAGAGAGGACAGUCAGACUUUCUCUAUUGCAUUUCUAGAUGAAGCAGAGAGGAAAUAUCUGUUUGAGUGCGACUCUGAAGAGCAAUGUAAGGAGUGGAUAGACUCUAUUAUCAAAGCCAGCUACGAGUUCAUGAGGAGGAAUCUUAUAUUCUAUCGAACGGAAAUCCACAGGCUCACUGGAAAGGAUCCGUUGGAGCAGUAUGGUAUAUCUGAUGAAACCCGCUUCCAGGUCAACAGUGGCUCGCAGCUCAUGGCCAGAGAAACUUCCUCCCUGUAGACCAGGAAGCUGUGCUCAGAUUAUUUAGUUUAGUUUGCCAUUCCAUCAUUCACUUUUCUUCAAAACAGCGAUUCUAUCCUCCAAUGUUCUCCAUCUGCAUUGUUCUGUUCUGUUGGACUGUCAGACUCCUUUUUUAAAUAAUCUUUCUGUAUAUAUAUUUUGUUUUUAUGAAAUACUGUACUUUGCAGAGAAUGUGAUGCUAAGAGAAAGAUUGUUUUUGAGAUGGGGUUCCUGCAUUCAUCUUGUGAGCAAUUAUUUUUAAUAGAGCCUAAUUCAGGACACUUUAGCAUGUGAUAUAAACCCAACCAAAUUUAGAAGCAGUCCAGAGUUAACUCUGAUAAUUGUAAAAACUUUGCUAGAUAACUGUUCUGAUUUGACCUUAAUUAGACUCUUAAUCGCUAGAGCUAAACACCGCCCCCAUUUUUCAAUGUAGCUUUUUGAGUCUUUCUUCAGUUUAUAUCACAUUUAACAUUUGUUUUUGCACAUAUCACUGGAAAUGUAGUUUCUUUUUUUUCUUUGUAGUAGAAUUACGGUCAUUUACUUGAACCUAAUCUAAGUUUUUCCACAACUGUGAAUCAGAUUAAUUUAGCUAAGUUAUUGGACCAUUUAGAAGACAACAUUUUUGACAUUAUUAUAAGGUCACAAUUACAAAGUUAGAGUAAAUUAUAGUUGGGAAUUUUGCUGUCCGGUUAUAAUUUUCCACUGGGUUUUGCAGUAUCAUACAAAUUGUAAUGCUGUUUGUCAAGAGUUCCAGGACUUGUCAUUGAAUGUAUGUUCUUUUUAAUCUUUUGCACAUAUUAUUUCUUUUAGUACUCAUUUGCAGUACACUUGUUUCACUGGCAUUUCUUUUUAUACCAAUAAAGCGGUUUGAAAGAGA